ACUAAUUAGUUUCCUUUAUUUUUAGUGACUCUGAAAUGCCAUCAGCGUGCACCUCUGAUAACAGCAAUGAUGUUGAACAACCUGAACCAGAUUACAUUAAAAUGUUCGUCGGACAAAUACCCAGAGCGAUGAACGAACAAGAUUUAAUGGAAUUAUUCGGUGAAUUCGGACGUGUGUAUCAGUUAAACUUGUUGAGGGACAAAUUCACCGGAGUCAGUAAAGGAUGCUGUUUUGUCACGUAUUUCACGCGUAAGGCUGCGUUGGACGCUCAGAAUGCUUUACACAACAUCAAAACGUUACCAGGAAUGCACCAUCCAAUUCAAAUGAAACCGGCUGACAGCGAAAAUCGAAGUGGUAAGUUUUUCUUAAUAUUAUAUGUACUUGUAUAGGGAUUGAAAAUGUAA